AGCGGAAGCACCGGGCGGCCCGGGGGGAGCGAUGGCGGUGGCGGGUCCCUGUGCGCUGAUAACCAGCUGCGCUGCCACCUUUGCCGGGGAGGAGCUGGUUAAAAGUAUCAUUGGAACAGAAGACCCUGCUGCAGAUGUGUCUACAAGCGGAGGCGUGAGAUUUUACCCCUGGACAAUAGACAAUAAAUAUUAUUCUGCUGAUAUUCACCUGUGUGUGGUACCAAACAAAUAUCUUGUGACAGCAGAAAUUGCUGAAUCUGUCCAGGCGUUCGUGGUUUACUUCGACAGCACAACAAAAUCUGGUCUUGACAGUGUCUCUACAUGGCUUCCCUUGGCAGAAGAAUGGUUACCAGAGGUUAUGAUCUUGGUGUGUGACAGAGUAUCUGAAAAUGGUGUGAACCGACAAAAAGCUCAAGAGUGGUGCAUCAAACACAGUUUUGAACUGGUGGAACUGAGCCCAGAGGAGCUGCCUGAUGAAGACGAUGACUUUCCAGAGUCCACAGGGGUGAAACGAAUCGUACAAGCCUUGAACGCCAAUGUCUGGUCUAAUGUAGUAAUGAAGAGUGACAGGAAUCAGGGCUUUGGCCUUCUCAGUACACUAGCAGGUGCAAACUGCAGCAUUGGGUCAGAAGAGAACCAAGAUACAAAACCCCAUGCACCAGCAGUGGACAGAGCCGAAUCUCCUUUAGACAACAGAGGAGAUGUAGCUAGCACAAACAACUUGCAGAUUGACAGCAUUGUAGAUCCCAUGUUAGAUAUGGAUAUUCAAGAGCUAGCCAGUCUUACCACAGGAGAAGGAGACCUGGAGAAUUUUGAAAGACUGUUUUCAAAGCUGAAAGAAAUGAAAGACAAGGCAGCAACAUUGCCCCAUGAACAGAGAAAACUACAUGCAGAGAAGGUGGCCAAAGCGUUCUGGAUGGCAAUCGGAGGAGACCGAGAUGAGAUUGAAGGCCUCUCCUCAGAUGAAGAAAACUAAGUUCUCUGUAGCGGUUUGUAGUAGAGCUGAUGCGAUAUCCUAAAAGUAAUGCUGGACGUUUCCUACAAACAAACUCAUUUUUUGCUGAAGCUGCCAUUGGACUUGGUUUGCUUAAAAAUUUUAAGUGAUCCUCCUUGCUUAUCAUUGAGAGUAACACAUUCCAUAACACCUGAGCCUGCAUUAGAUGGUGUUUGUUCUCCUGCCUGUAUUCUCUCUCUGUGUCUGGCUAUACUUUUAAGGCAAUGUGCACCAUCUUUACCAUAAGUAGCAAACCACUUUAUAUUUUCCAAAUAACCAUUUUUGUUGUUUCCUUUGAGUUUUUAAAAAACAAAAUCACCAUCAGUUGUCUUUUUUCCAUGGGGUUGUCAAAUCAGUACUUGAAUCUGAACUCAAGCUUUGAGGCCUGGAUUGGUCUAAAGUUUUUAUGUAGCUUUAGAACUAAUUUACUGGUUUAAAGGAACCAGACUUGUGUGAGCCAUGAAGAGAAAA